GUUUUUGAGCAGAAGGAUUUCGAUAACUGCGUAGUACUUAUUCUGGUAUUUGUGCAAUUUACCCAGAUUCAGUGAAAACAAAAUUAGACUUGCUCUGUCAUGGCCGAAAAAUUCUUUCGGGAACUACAGGAUACGAAGGCCAAGGGGGCCCUGUGUGAUGUUAUGGUGAAAGGCGCGGAGGAUUCGUCGGCUGGCAUUCCCUGUCAUCGUAACGUUCUCAGCGCGCACAGUCCGUAUUUCCGCACGAUGUUUACGAAGGGCCUCAAAGAGUCUUCCGAAUCGUUCGUCCAACUAAAGAACAUUUCCACGAGCACAUUGAACGAGCUAAUCAAUUAUGCCUACACGCUGGAAAUCCGGAUCGAUGCGGAUAAUGUUCAGCCGAUUCUAACAGCGGCCCUGUUUCUGGACAUUGGACCCGUUGCUGAUUUGUGCUGGGAUUUUAUGGAAACCGAACUAGCCAUGGCCUUAAUGAUUCAGUGCUUGGCCGAUCGACAUAAUAAUCUAACCUUGGCCGCGAAAGCCAAAACCAUGGUUAUUCGUAGUUUUCAUCAAAUUUCAAAGUGUCCUGACUUUCUGCUUAUCGAUGCAGACAAGAUUGCUGAUCUGAUUACGUCGGAUGAUCUGCGCGUGGACAAAGAGGAUGACGUGCUGGAUGCGGUCCUGCGCUGGCUGGACCACGAUCAAGCCGGACGGAAGGCUUCCCUCUCCGAUCUGCUGCAGUUUGUGCGAGUUGUCUUUUUGGGGCCGGUCUCCUUGGAGAAGUAUUUCUUGGCGCUCUUCAAUGGCCUUAUCAACUCAGCGACUCCCCCUUUGCCACUGCCAUCCGGGAUUGUUAGCGUUCUACCCAACCGUCAAGCAGAGCCCGUCAUGUCUCGUUCUCGACCGCGGGAAUCGUAUGGUUUAUGGAAUGUACGUUGGUGAGCCGGCUUUGGGAAGUGGGGAAUGCACUGACGUGGACGUCUUCAUACCAUCAGUUUCCAGUGUCAUGAGCAUUUCAAGUUUGCCAGACAACAUUAAAGGGGCC